AUGGUGAAGUUGGACUACGAGCGAGAUUAUUAUGCAGACCUCGAUCUGCCCCCAACGGCAGAUGCUACUGAAGUGAAGAAGCAGUUCAAAAAGCUCGCGCUGCAAUGGCAUCCUGAUCGCAACCCAGGUAGAGAAGAUGCGGCCAAGGAAAAGUUUCUGGUCAUCCAGGCCGCCCACGAAAUCCUUUCCGACCCUGCUACCAAGUCCAAAUUCGACGCCUACCACCGCCAGCGGACGGCUAGGUACCCGGCAGCUUCUGGGGUGAAGGGAAAUCCUUGGCAAUACACGGCACAUGACGUGAACCAGAGAUAUGGUGCCCCGCCGAAACGGCCUCCGAUGCCAACGCGCCCGGCCGCACCAACAGCAACAUCAACGCAUUCAUGGUCAUGGGCGCGGAAUCCACCGCAGAGUGCAAAGUCUAAGAUGGAGAGCGCCAGAGCAAGCACGGAGGCAUGGAAUCGGGCGAGGCCAGUACCCAAACCACCUCAGGCUGGCACAGCGGCUGCUGGUGGCACGGCCCGUCCUUCCCAGCCUAGGGAACCCCCGCCAACGCCGCGGACAGCAGCCCAGGCGAGACGACAGGAGGCAGCGUUUGGUACAAGGAGGGCCGGAUACGCCCCUGCGUCACCCGUUGGAGACGAACCGCAGGUGAAGAACCAGCACUACAACACGAGUGCCGGCGCCAAUACUGGAGCCAGUACAGCCCAGACGAGCAACCGCAGACCAGCGUCUGCAUUUCCUGAUCCUUAUCCAGCGAAUGCCGGUUACAACGAAACGUUCUUGGACAGUCGCCAACGCACGCCGUAUGCCGCGAACGUCGGCGAGAAAACAGACCCCUUCGAGCCGUUAAACGUCAACCGGGCGAAGAGCAUGAGAGAUCCCACCAAGAAGGACCACGAGACGCCUCCGGCGCCACCCCCACGUCCACGUAGCGCGAGCGUUGGGUCGGAUAACUUCAAGAGGUCGACGAACGACAAACCAGCCUUUAAUGGGUUUAAUGCGAAUCCUCCAUCCCAGUUCCAGUCGCGAGCGAGCGCUCGGUACAGUCCACACGGCCUAGAGACGAAUUCGGCUCCCCAGACCGCUACCUUCCCAACCGCCGGCCCCAGCAGCUCUAGCUCGUCUGUCAACAGCAGUACGAAAGCAACAGUCAACGGUGAUGCAUCAGAUCAGACAAAGAAUGGCGCAAAAGUGUACGAGAAUCCUUUUCCUUCCUACUAUCGCAACGGUGGUGGUGUUGGCGUGGGCUCGACCCAAAGGAAGAAGUUCGAUUACCCUGCCUACAAGUGUGAAGAGAGCUUCAAGCCAGCUCCUAGUGGAGAUACACCAAGCGCCGGCGCCAACGCUUUCGAGGCGAGAUUGCUGGCGCAGCUGCAACACCUACUGUGCAAGCCACGCCCGCAACCAUACAAGCAGCCUGUGGCAUCAGUUCCGUCCAGCACUCUGUCAACAGACAAAACUGGGUACCACCUCAGCGCACACGCUAACAGCACUUAUCCGGACAGCUUUUCGGUGCCUCUGGACGAUAUGCUGAACCUCCCGAAUCAGCAAGCCCGCUUCACCCGAAACAGCGCCGAUAAUAUCAACACGCGGUUCGUUGCUGAGGAGAAGGAUGGCGCUAGCUUCCAGUUCAGCGCGGGCGCCGCGACGUCUCCGGACGACAGCUUCCUGCGGGCUAAACGAGCAGCUCGCGGCGGGCGCCAGUCACCGCUUAGGAACGAGUUCACUGCGUCAGCCGAGCCAACCACUACUGCACCGGAGCCUGAACCGGCCAAAAGACAGAGUGAUUUCGUCCCCGAGCAGUGGAAGGAAGCAUUCGGACCUCAUGUUUUUAUACCCCCGCAGGCGAACAAACCGUCGGUUUCACCCACACGACCCAUGCGACCGAUUAAGAAACCUCGACCGGUCCGGAUGACUGCAGGCACGGCAGGAUUGGUGGACGAGGACGAAACUAGCGGCGAGGACAAGGCCAAAGCUAGUCGACGUAGCAGUGGCAUCAACGGAUCUAGGAGUCCGAACGCUAUGGACAUCGACUCGCCGCCACCUGAGCCCUCGACCGCUCAACCCAGCGGUGCCCGAAACAUCAACGUCGAGCCGACAAACCCCCAGUGGCGUGCAGGUAACGUCAACGGCACCAGUGCCGAGCCCAAGCUGGGUGCCAGCUUGAAAAUUCCCAACCUGAAGCCCAACGCAGCUGGGUCCGAAGACAGCGAAGACUUCAUCGUCAACUCGAUGCUGCACGAAAUAAGGAAGGUCGAGCCGUUCGCGCAGAAGGUAACCGGCCUCAACUCCUUCGCCGACCUUGGCGCAAACCUGCCUUUCCCCAGCCGCCCUUCGGCCAAGAUCCCCCUCAGCCACGAGAGGCCGAAACAGCUCGACAUCCCGUCCCCGCCCACGGCGCCCCGUCCUCCGGCAAGCCUCUGCAUUCCAUCACCGAAACCCGACACUCCGGCAUGGCAGACCUACGUGCGCGAGUUCGAUGCCUACAUGGCGCAGUGGUACAAGUUCAACCGGCUGAUGACGGAUCACUUCGCCGCGCGGCAGAAGGUGCAUGAGAACAGUGGCCUGGCGUGGCUGAAUGCGCGCGGAGAUGCGGGCGUGCAGGAAUAUCUCCGAACACUGGAGGAAGACAAGACUGUCCGGCAGCGUUGGAUGGCGGCUUGCGAGCAGCACGAGCUGCACUUCAGAGAGUUUAUGGAGUGUCGGGAACGGGUGGUGCAGGUUUAGAUGGCCACAGAUGGGAGGGUUGAGCACCGGUUUUGGGGCAUGGCAUCUUGGCCGGAAUGUGAGUGAAUGUAAUGGUUUUGGUGGUUUCCCUUUUUAUUAUAUUUGAGGCUUCGUCUUGGGCAUCCAUAGACAGGUCUGAUCCGGUUCGGCGCAGCAACGUUAUGUAUCUUGAUACCCUGCAGAU